AUGCCCCCCUACGACAAAGGGGGCAGCACGACUACCCGCCAGCCGGGAAUGCCCUCCCUCACCGCAAAGGGAAUGAAUCGAGCUCCCCUCACCCCGAAAGUUGCUGCGAAACCAGCCUCCGUCGUGACCCCCCUGGGCCGCCGCCGCAACGAUAAUACGAAUAACAACACCCAACACCCGACUUUACAUGCCACUGCUGGGGGAGGAGCCAAGGACGACCUGACGAGUCCUGCGCCCUUCCUGGGCAAUAAUAUCACACCGCGAUCCGGCCCUCGCCAGAACCGCGUCGACAGCAAUAAUAGCACUCCCAACGGCACACCGAACCCCGACCGGACCAACGAUUGGGAUCACCAGCCCACUUUCCAGGCUGAGCCGGUCGUUACCUUCAGCCCUGUGCCUUCCACCGCUGGCAACCGCCACGAUGCCGACUCCAAAUUUUUCUAUGCGAGCGACGCCAAACCCUCCGCGCCCGCUCCCCAGCCCAAGCAGCCUGUUGCUGCUCCUGCCGCCCCACAGCGAGCUUCCACCUUCCUGUACGCCAAUGGCAGCGCCGUAGACAAGAAUCGGCCCACGUCCGCCGGCGUAGGCUUCACGCCGAUGCUCGCUCCCUCGCUGGCACCGUCAUUAUCACCGACACUUGCGCCCACGCCGGAGCCGCCGCAGAGCAAGUUCUUUUAUGCAAAUGGAGCUCCAAAUCUGGCUCCAGGCUUCAGGCCGUCGUCUGCAGCUUCAGGCACGGGGCCGACCAUCGCAGAGUCGAGAAAGAAGGCUAGGAAUUCAGCUGGCUCGGCAAGCGGUUUAUCGCUUGCGUCUAGGCCCAUGUCGCCCAACAAGCCGAUACAAGCUCCAGCUGCUCCGCCAUUGGUUAAGAGCAAUAGUCAACCGCAGACUCGGACCCAGAUGACCAGCCCGCCGCCCCUGGCGCCUUCGAUGCACAAGCGCAAAAUCAGCAUGGACGCCGUCUCUCAGGUAGCCAGUCAUGUCAACAGCCGGCCCGCGAGCCACGUCGGCUCUGACGCUGCACCUACCGAUGCCAUGAUCAUGUCACAGUUCAUGGCUUCUCAGUCGCCGACUCCCUCCGGAGUGUCGUCUCCGACAAUGGCCAGCUUCUUCCCUAACCAGCCGAUCACGAUAGCUUCGAUAUUGCAGGCAGCAGAUGAGCUGAGCGAAUCUGAGGGAGAGGAAGAGGAGGAGGACGAUGACGACGACGAUUCCAGGGAUCUGGAAGAACUCCACAGCCCGACCCGGUCGAACCACGGCGACCCUUUGAACGAUAUGGUGAAGCACGCCAGGAGGGAACGCAAGGUGCAGGAUCUGGAGAUUACAAACGCUUCCCUGGAGGCCAUUAACAGAUCGCUCGAGAGGCAGCUCAGGAAACAGACGGCUGAAUUGAGGAGGUACAAGAGACUGUCCCGGUCUGGCCGUCUGUCCUCGGCUCCCACCGCGCCACCAGCGGAGGAACCGUCCGAGCCGACCACGGGUCUUGGUAUCGAAGGUGUUUUAGAUCUUUCGGACCUUAGUGAGGAGGAGGAGGAGGUUGAAGCUGGAGGUGAAGGCGGGGUUGAGGGCGAAGGCGAUUUAGAAGACCUCGAGGAUUCCAUGUUUGAGUCAUCGGAGCUUGACGAGACGGACUCUGCCAAGUCGGACCCCGAGCGCGACACUCGGCGGAGGAAACGAGACGAAAAGCGACUUCAGCUGGAUCUCACCAAGCACAGAGAGCUGCUUGUCGACAGUCAGAAGAUCAAUCAGAGCAUCAAGAAGUGCUUGAAUUGGACGGAGGAACUCAUCAAGGAGGGCAAGAAGGCUCUCGAGUACAAGGUCCAACCCAGCGAGGUGAAGCUGCCACCACGUGUGCUCCAGCCGGCUUACCUGCGGGACAACGAGGAUGAGGAGUCUCGCAAGGAUGGAGCGUCAGCACCGAGCAGUCCAGUGGAUUCCCCGAGGAGUCUCACGCCAAACUGGAGCAAAGAGCCGCAGGACCGCGAUAGCGGUAUCGAGCUGCCGACGGAGGGCUCAUAA